UGCAUCGGUUGCAAGAGUUGCGUCCUGCACGCCCCGGACACGUUCGCGAUGGUCGAGGACUUCAACGCGGGCAGGGCGCGGUGCCACACGCAGUGGGGCGACGACGAGGAGACGACACAGGUGGCGAUCGAGCUGUGUCCGGUGGAGUGCAUCUAUUGGGUGAAGCGAUCGCAGCUUCCCGUGCUGGAG